CUAUCCCGGGUCUGGAUUCUUCGCUUGUUCGGGAGCGCUCGACAAGGCUGAACACGAAUGCAGCCAUAUUCGGCUUCACAGAGAGGCACACCGGCUAGCACCAGCUUGCGCGCAAGGUUUCGCCUACUUUUAAAUAAAGCACCCGCUCCCAGUUUUUAGGGGCGUAUUUGAGAAAGUUAAAGGCAUUCGUAGUUCUUCAUUAGUGAGCUCAUUAUAGGAGGUUUCCAGGCGAGCGGAAUGAGCGUCCAGUCAUCCUGAUACACGACGGGAGAAAAAGCCCGACACAUCCCGCAAAGUGGAAAGUACAGAUUUGUCGGGAUUAAGGCCAAUGGAGCCGACAGGGCCCCGGGACUGAGGAGGGGGUGGAAACUGUGGAAACCAGUGCACAACAGCGUGGUUGAACAUCUUAGAUAUUCGUUUAUCGGAGCACAAUGUUGGGCACACUUUGCUAGCUGGCUAGCUGGAUGGCUGGCUAGCAGUUGGAGUCUGGGAGCUCCACAGAAAUCAGCCACAUAAUACGAUUUCUGUUUGCUGCACCCGGGGCGCACGUUAAUCUCCGUUGUUACACGUUUAAACCUUGUUAUUUUUUUAUCGUUUCUGGAUCUGGGAGUGGCGGACGGGCCGCAAAUUUGGUAGAAAAUGUCUGCGAAGGUGCGCCUGAAGAAGUUGGAGCAGUUGCUGCUGGAUGGCCAUCUGAAAAACGACAAGUCGCUGAGUGUGGAAACGCUGCUGGAUAUUCUUGUAUGUUUAUACAACGAGUGCACCAGCUCUCCAUUAAAACGGGAAAAACACGUGACUGAGUUCUUGGAAUGGGUGAAGCCGUUCACAACCACCGUGAAGGAGAUGCGCCUUCACAGAGAAGACUUCGAGAUGCUCAAAGUGAUUGGCAGGGGAGCGUUCGGAGAGGUUGCUGUGGUGAAGAUGAAACACACGGAGCGCGUUUACGCCAUGAAGAUCCUCAACAAGUGGGAGAUGCUAAAGAGGGCCGAGACGGCAUGUUUCCGAGAAGAGAGGGAAGUGCUGGUGAAUGGAGACUGCCAGUGGAUCACCACCCUGCAUUACGCUUUUCAGGAUGACAACUACUUGUACUUGGUGAUGGAUUAUUAUGUGGGUGGCGACCUGCUGACUUUGCUUAGUAAAUUUGAGGACCGACUUCCAGAGGACAUGUCCAAAUUCUAUGUGGCGGAGAUGGUGCUUGCCAUCCACUCCAUUCACCUGCAACGCUAUGUACACAGGGACAUAAAACCCGACAACGUUCUACUAGACAUGAAUGGUCACAUUCGUCUUGCGGACUUUGGCUCCUGUUUGAAGAUGAUGCAAGAUGGCACGGUCCAGUCAUCGGUGGCUGUGGGCACACCAGACUACAUCUCUCCAGAGAUCCUGCAGGCCAUGGAGGAUGGCAUGGGGAAGUACGGGCCAGAGUGUGAUUGGUGGUCUCUAGGCGUCUGUAUGUACGAGAUGCUCUACGGCGAGACACCCUUCUAUGCCGAGUCCUUGGUGGAGACCUAUGGAAAAAUCAUGAACCAUGAGGAGCGUUUUCAGUUCCCCUCCCACAUUACGGAUGUGUCUGAGGAUGCUAAAGACCUGAUCCAACGGCUGAUCUGCAGCAGAGAGCGUAGGUUGGGUCAGAACGGCAUCGAGGAGUUCAAGCAACACCCGUUCUUCUCUGGGAUCAACUGGGACAACAUUCGCAACACAGAAGCCCCCUACAUUCCUGACGUCAGCUCUCCUUCAGACACCUCCAACUUUGAUGUAGACGAUGAUGUGCUGAAAAACCCGGACAUUGCUCCCCCAGUCUCACACACUGGUUUCACCGGGCAGCACCUGCCCUUUGUGGGCUUCACCUACACCACAGAUAGCUGCUUUUCAGACGGCGGCAGCUUGAGGAGGGUGUCCACCGCAGACGGAACUGGGGAAGAUCUCCAGGAUGGGGGUAUGCAGGUGGAAGCCUUUGAGAAGAGGAUUCGAUGCCUGGAGCAAGAAAAACAGGAGCUCAACCGCAAGCUGCAGGAAUCCACGCGGGCAGUAGAGUCUCUUCAUGGCCCUGGGCGUGGGGCUGCCACACUCGGCUGUGAUAAAGAGAUAAAAAAACUCAACGAGGAAAUCGAUCGACUAAAAAAGAAACUGGCAGACUCUGAUAGGCUGGAGAACCAGCUGGAGGAGGCGGUGACUCUUCGACAGGAUUUCGAAAGUUCCUCCACCAAACUAAAGGCCCUGGACAAGCAAGUCAAAGCCCUCAAGCAGGAAAAAGAGGAGAUUCAUAAGCAACUGGUGGAGUCUCUGGACCGCCUGAAGUCUCAGACCAAGGAGCUGAAAGACGCCCACCAGCAGAGGAAGCUCGCCAUGCAGGAGUUCUCCGAAGUGAACGAGCGCAUGGUCGAGUUGCGUUCGCAGAAGCAGCGUCUGUCGCGGCAGCUGCGAGACAAGGAGGAGGAGAUGGAGGUGGUUAUGCAGAAGAUAGACGCCAUGCGCCAGGACAACCGCAAAACCGAGAAGGCCCGCAAAGAGCUGGAGUCUCAACUGGAGGACGCGCGUGCCGAAGCCUCCAAGGAGCGUAAGCUGAGGGAGCACAGUGAAGUCUACUCCAAACAACUGGAGAGUGAGCUGGAAACACUCAAGGUGAAGCAGGGAAGCGGUCGCGUCUCAGGUCUUGGGGUUGAGACUCAGCAGGAGCUCACCAAGAUGAAGUCUGAGCUGGAUAAGAAGGGGCUCUUUUAUGAGGAGGAGCUGGUGAGGCGCGAAGCUUCUCACACUAUAGAGCUGAAAAACCUGAGGAAGGAGCUUCAUGAUUCUGAAGGUCAGCAGCUUUCCCUGCAAAAAGAGCUGCUUGUGCUCAAAGACAAACUGGAAAAGGGAAAGAGAGAGCGUCAAAUUGAGAUUGACGAGACCAUGGGGUCUCUGAUAGACAAGCACGAACGUGAACGCCAUCGCCUUACCCAGGAAAACCACAAACUCACUGCAGAAACAGAAAGGCUCGGUACAUUUGUGGACAAGUUGAAGGCUCAGAACAUACAACUGGAAGAUGAGCUUCAGGCCCUAGCAUCCAAAAAAGAGAGUGUAGCACACUGGGAAGCACAGAUCGCUGAGAUCAUCCAAUGGGUCAGUGAUGAAAAAGAUGCUCGUGGAUACCUUCAGGCUUUGGCUUCCAAGAUGACGGAGGAGUUGGAGUCUCUGCGUAGCUCCAGUCUGGGAUCUAGAACACUGGAUCCCUUGUGGAAGGUGCGUCGCAGUCAAAAAUUGGACAUGUCUGCUCGUCUGGAGCUGCAGUCGGCAUUGGAUGCUGAAAUCCGUGCCAAGCAACUUGUUCAGGAUGACCUGCGUAAGGUCAAAGCUGCUAACAUUUCUUUUGAGAGCAAACUGAGGGAUACAGAAGCCAAGAACAGAGAGUUGGAGGAGCAGCUGGAGAACAUGAAGAAGGAAAUGGAGGAGAGCCGCUCACGGUCAGACAAAGGCCUAAAGCUACCAGACUUUCAAGAUUCCAUCUUCGAGUACUUCAAUACCUCCCCCCUCGCCCAUGACCUGACAUUCAGAUCAAGCUCUAUUGGAGAAGUGGAUGCCACACCCCAGAAAUCGGAAACCUCAGCAUCGGUGACUUCAGAACAGGAUGAACCAGUGAAGACUCCAGUUACCACCCCUGUAGCUCCGUCACCCCUUUAUCAGCCCACCCUCACUGCACCAAAGCCUAAAGCUCACCAGCUGAGCAUCAAGACCUUUUCUAGCCCAACUCAGUGCACUCACUGUACAUCACUGAUGGUGGGCCAGAUCCGACAAGGGUUCGCCUGUGAAGUGUGUUCGUUCAUCUGCCACGUGUCCUGUAAAGACAACGCGCCACAGAUUUGCCCCAUUCCACCAGAGCAGGCCAAGAGACCUCUGGGUAUUGAUGUGCAAAGGGGCAUUGGCACAGCAUACAAAGGCUUUGUCAGGAUCCCAAAGCCAACAGGAGUGAAGAAGGGUUGGCAGAGGGCCUAUGCUGUAGUGUGUGACUGUAAACUUUUCCUCUAUGAGGUGCCUGAAGGGAAGUCCACUCAGCCGGUUGUAACGGCCAGUCAAGUCCUUGACUUGAGAGAUGAGGAGUUUUCUGUCAGCUCUGUGUUGGCGUCCGACGUGAUCCAUGCCAGUCGUAAAGACAUUCCAUGCAUCUUCAGGGUAACAUCAUCCGCCCUGAACUCCCCGAUCCGGCCGGUGCCUCUGCUGGUGUUGGCUGAGAACGAGGCGGAGAAGAGGAAGUGGGUGGGAAUCCUGGAGGGUCUGCAGAACAUCUUGGCAAAGAACCGGCUCAAGAACCGCAUAGUUCAUCUCCUGCACGAGGCUUACGACAGCAGCCUGCCAGCCAUCAAAACUACGCUCUCUGCUGCCAUCGUGGAUCGAGAGCGAAUUGCCUUGGGGACAGAAGAAGGCCUGUUUGUAGUCGAAAUCACCAGAGACGUCAUCGUUCGUGCUGCAGACUGUAAAAAAGUUUGCCAGAUCGAGCCCAUUCCAAAAGAGAAGAUGGUCGCCCUGCUUUGUGGUCGUAACCGGCAUGUCCACCUAUACCCCUGGGCUGCACUAGACGGUGCAGAGGCCACUUUUGACGCCAAGCUUACGGAAACGAAAGGCUGCCAGGCUAUGACCAUAGGUACCCUACGCCCGGGUGGCCCGGCGUGCCUGCUGGCAGCUGUAAAGCGGCAGGUCCUCUGCUAUGAAAUCACACGCGCAAAGCCCCAUCAUCGCAAACUGUGGGAGGUGCAGGCACCCGGUAUCGCCCUGUGGCUGGGUAUCAUUCGUGAGCGGCUCUGCGUGGGUUACCCAUCAGGCUUUGCUUUGCUGGCCAUGCAGGGAGAGUCUUCCCCCGUCAGCCUGGUGAGCCCCACAGAUCCCUCGCUAGCAUUUUUGGCACAACAGUCCCUGGACGCGCUGCACGCUAUGGAGGUGGGAGCCAACGAAUUUCUGCUGUGCUUCAGUCAACUUGGAGUGUACGUGGAUGCACAGGGACGGAGAUCUCGGACGCAGGAGCUGAUGUGGCCCGCCACACCACUUGCCUGCAGCUCAAAUUCAAACUACCUGACCGUGUACAGUGAAUAUGGAGUAGAUGUGUUUGAUGUCCACACCACAGAGUGGGUCCAGACCAUUUCGUUAAGAAGGAUUCGACCCCUGAACGUGGAGGGCAGUCUGAACCUGUUGGGCACCGAGCAGCCUCAUCUCAUUUACUUCAGCAACAACUCUCCAGAGGGUUGUGAACUGGCCAUCCCUGAGACCUCAGACAACAGUAAGAAACUGAUGGUGAGGACACGCAGCAAAAGGAAGUUCCUCUUUAAAGUGCCAGAGGAGGAGCGGUUACAGCAGAGAAGGGAGAUGCUGAGGGAUCCUGAGAUGAGAUCAAAGCUGAUCUCAAACCCCAUCAAUUUCAACCACGUUGCUCACAUGGGCCCAGGAGAUGGCAUGCAGGUUCUGAUGGACUUGCCUCUGCAGCAGAGCGAGACUCCCUCCCCCUCAUCCUCUCGCCAUCACGCCCUGAUCUCCCCUCCGAUCAACUUUGAGCACGUCUAUCACAUGAGCUCCGUCUCUGCCGGGCUCUAUCUGCAGAAAGAGCCUUCUUCACAGCAGAGCCUGCUUCAGUUCUCCUCUUCCUCCUCCUCUCCUUCCACAUCCUCCCUGGGAAGGAGUGUGAUGCCCUCUCAGGAUGAUCCAUCUAAAGAAAGGCCCCGCCCUCUUUCUAGUAUCUCACGGCAACAGAGAAGCAAGACCCACAUCACCCGCACUGCCUCAGGAGGAGGAGAUUUCGGAGGAGCCGGGUCAUCUCGAAGUAUUUCUGAUCAAGAUCAAGACUAUGAUAGAGAGCCCGACUCGGACUCCACCAAACACUCAACCCCCUCCAACAGCUCCAACCCCAGCAGCCCCCCGAGCCCCAACUCUCCCCAUCGCAGUCAGCUAACUCUGGACGGCCUGGAUCAAAGCCUGGAUGGCUGAGCGAGGAGAAAGCCCCUUUUAGCCCUGCGAGCACCUCAGGCACCCCACGUAUUUAGGACUCCCUGUGAAGUGCCAAGACUCUCCUGCUCAUCCCCUACGCGGGCCUAAAUUUUACCCCCGGGUAGCGGAGAGGAUAUAUCGCUGCAAGUGAAAUCAAGCUCCGAUUGAUCCAGCCACAAGUCGGCAUGACGGCACCAGAGCCACCAGCCAUCAAAAAAAAAAACACAAAUCAUGCCCCCUGGUGGAGAUAUUGUUGUGGUGUAAUCACUAACAGGGUCAGAUUUAGCAGUAUGAUGAACGUUUUUUUAUUUUUAAUCUUAAUUUCAUGCCAUUCUCCUGCAAGUUGUUUUUUAUUAUUAUUAUUUACUUUAGUGAAUGAACAGAUGCAUCUGCUGUGUCAGAAUUGCUUGAGUACUCCUGAAUCUGUCAUGGAGGAUUAUUAGCUUCCCUAAACGGAGAACGAGGGGAGUCGAGGGGAAAGCGACGACUUGGGUGUUUUUAAUACAUGUAUAUUAUCAGGACAUUCAACAUUCAUCAAGUGGGCUGAAGAAAGAAGCAGAUGGGAAGGAUUGAACUGAUGAUGUAGAAUAUAUACUGACGUUCUUAUAUAAACCAAGUACACAAUUCCUCGCUGCUCUUUAGGGACCAGUGAACUAGCUCACCUCAUCUCAGGUGAGCAAUAUAGAUCAGUGACACAAAGGCAAUGAUUUUUGUCUGACUUUGGGGGGUUUAAGACAAACCAGAGGGCACUUUUAUUGCUAUAAAAUUUCUCUCUCUCUCUUUUUCUCUCUUUCCAGUUCGGCAUUUUAAACCAGCCUUUGUAAUAUUCAUGUUUUAACUUAGAUGUUUCCCACAAAAAUAAUAUUUAGUUGGUGGAACACCGCUUAUAACCAGGCGCAAAACGAAAGCAACAAAAAGGAACAGACUUUACAUAUAGAUAAGUGUUAUUAAAAUAAUUAUAAUAAUAAAAAAAGAAAGGCACACAACUCAGAUUAUUCAUAGGAUUUUUUUCAGUAGUUCCUCUCAAGAUGCUGCUUUGUGUGCUCUAUUUAAAAAUGAAAGAUUUAAGAUAUGUGAUAAGGUUAUCUCACCAUAGCCAUGCUCUAACUCUGGUUUAUGAUGUUUUACACACGUUAGUCCUUUAAACAGCCUUUUCUGUUAAAAAGAAGACUCUUAUCGGGAUGCUGAUAGGAAUAUGUUGACAUCUAAGGGUGUAGGAAAUCUUGGCAUGGCUGACAUAUCCGUUAUCACACAAGUGUGCCUUUCGUGCCAACUUUGUUUUCGGUAAUAAACUGUCCGCUCGAGCAUUUCAGUGGUUUUAAUAGGCCUGAUGGUAAUGUUUCGCAUUGUCCUCUGCCCUUCUUAAACACUGUAAGAACCUUGCACACGUUUUAGUCCCAGGAAUUGAUUUUGUGUGAAUGUUUUUUUUUUCCUGAUUCCCCCUGUAUUUCACUCGUCUGCUGCAUCAGACGAACGAUUAUCCUCAGAACACUACUGCUUUUACUUUAAAAGAGAAAAAAAUCACAGGUUGAAAUCUUUGUAAUUAUUGACUUGUUAGCCACAUAAAUUUGAACAAACAAUAAAAGAGUACCUGUUGUGCUUUUUUUGUUGAAUCGGUGUCUAUUUGGGAAAUGUUUUGAAUAUGCAUAUCUGCAAUAAAAAUUUUAAUUUAUCUUUA